CAAGAUGGCCACUUGGGGAAGGAGGCGCGCUGGGCCCGGCGGUAGAGAGAGGGUGGCGCUUUCAGCUGGUGAGUGCUACAUUGUGCAUGAAAUUUACAAUGGCGAAAAUGCCCAGGACCAGUUUGAAUAUGAGCUGGAGCAGGCUCUGGAAGCCCAAUAUAAAUACAUUGUGAUUGAGCCCACACGAAUUGGAGAUGAAACUGCUCGUUGGAUCACCGUAGGGAACUGUCUGCAUAAGACUGCAGUCUUAUCAGGAACAGCCUGCCUCCUCACCCCACUGGCGUUACCCUCUGAGUAUUCACACUACGUAUCUCUGCCAGCUGGUGUGAUCAGCUUGGCCUGCUCUACUCUCUAUGGUAUCUCUUGGCAAUUUGAUCCCUGCUGUAAAUACCAAGUGGAGUACGAUGCUUACAAACUGUCGAGACUGCCACUACAUACACUCACCUCAUCCACACCCGUGGUGCUUGUAAGAAAGGAUGAUGUACACAGAAAGAGACUCCACAACACAAUAGCUCUUGCUGCCCUGGCAUAUUGUAUCAAGAAGAUAUAUGAACUCUACUCUGUAUGAUUUCAGCAUCGAGCAAAAUGCAACUGUAAUGCUUUUGAUUUCUCUCUGAAAACUGGCAGAGAGUGGAGUUUAGUUUAACAGUUAAAUGAAACACUCAGCUGCACUGAAUUCUUUUCAGCUCUGCUUAUUGCUGGGGUAAGGGUCUGCAGUGAACUCCAGUUGACUAACAUAUGGAAAAGCUAUGUAAAGAAACUGAAAAAUGAUGGAGUAUUUUUAUUUAAUUUUUUUUUUAACAUCAAGCUGAAUGUUCUACCAUACUAAACCAGCCAGAUGCCAGUGACCAUUAAAAUAUAAGUAAAC